AUGUCCAAAGCUGCUCUGGAUAUGUUUACCCAGUGUCUGGCUCUUGAGUUGGCACCAGAUGUGAGGGUAAACUCUGUUAACCCCGGUGAGAUUCCAACUGAAAUCCUGAAACGAGCAGGUAUGACGGAUGAAGCCUACACAGACUUCUUAAAGCACAGUCAGACAACACAUGCUUUGGGACGUCCUGGAACUCCCCAGGAAGUUGCGAAUGUUAUCGCUUUCUUAGCAAGUGAUCAAGCUAGUUUCAUGACAGGGAAUAUUACACCUGUAGAUGGAGGCCGUCACGCUAUGUGCCCGAGAUAA